GGGUUCUGAAUCUUGAGGACCCUUGAGCUGGAAAUUGGGACCCAGCUUUGCGUUCACAAAGUCCCCCCUCCUAAUUCGGCGCAGAGGAUCAAUCAGUCCACCCUUCUUGGCUCUAUUUUGCAGCUUAGGAAUUUGAGGAUCAGAACGGUUUAGUAACUUGCCCUAGGUUGCCCAGAGGGGCCCAGUUGGGAUUCUGACUUGAUCAGUCCUGAGUUAGAAUCUCGUUUCUGCUCCUAACUGGCUGUGUGCUCCUAGGCGAAAGAUAGCGUCUUUGUAAACCUCGAUCUUUUUUGUACUAAUUCAAGGACAGUUCUUCAUGCAUUGAGCAAAUCUUGUGUUGAGUAUCUACUUAGGGUGCUUUGGGAAAACAACCCAAAACGAUACGAUUAAGCUCGCUAAUGAGGGAGCAAGGCAAUAAAUAGACCCACCAAGGCUUUUCUACCUCUAAAGUGAGAAGCUUAACUAAAGGAAAGAAUACUUUGCUCUGAUUUUAAAAAGUAUAUAUGUUUAUGUCUCUAUUAAAAAGCAAAGUGGCACAGAUUAAAUCACAAGAUAUAGCAAUGAAGAGAUUCUAAGUAAAUGUUUAUUAAUGUAAUUUAUUGAUACUGGUUUGCAGAAUAUGAUCCUAUAAAAUCAAAACUCACACGUGUAUUUAAGUGCUAGGCGCCAGGCAUUAAAUAAAAAGGAAUCUCUGGGAAAUGAGUUAUUCUCAUGAAUGGUGCAAUCGAUCCUUCCCUGAGGACUUAAGACUUUUCCGCGCGUUUGAGGCUCAGUUGCUGGGGAGACUGAAUCACGCGCCAUGUCAGACUAGGUGGUAAGGUAUUUAUUCCAAGAAUCAUUUUUGACCUUCUCAAGAUGGCGCCAAACCCUUAACUACAACCAUCACGCUCACUCCGUGGCUGCCUCUAUGGCUUCCACUUCCUGCCUAAGGACCCAACUGUUGUCCGACGUUGUGCCGGAAUGCAUGCCCUGUUGGUGAGCUUUCUUUUCCGAACAAGAGCUACUGAAAGUAUAUAAAAUAACAUGAAUCUCGUGUAUUUCGAGAUUUCCAUGUCAUCCGAGGCGCAUAGUUUCUCUUCAGGUGGCAGACGAGCGUGAUUUUGACCAGGCGCGUGCAGCGGGCAGCGCCUACUACUGCGGGUCUUUGGCGGCCCAGUGAGGACCCGGGAGUCUCUGGAAGUCCAAGAUGGCGACGGCGGCCGCAGCAUCGGCUUCUGAAGCGGAGGCUGAGCCCAAGGCCGGGCCCGAGGCCGAGGGAGAGGAGGAUGAGGCUAAGGCGGCUCGGGCGAGGCGGAAGGUGUUAUCGCGGGCCGUGGCCGCCGCGACGUACAAGACCAUGGGGCCAGAGUGGGACCAGCAGGAGGAAGGCGUGAGUGAGAGCGAUGGAGAUGAGGAGUACGCCAUGGCUUCCUCGGCCGAGAGCUCCCCCGGGGAGUACGAGUGGGGGUACGACGAAGAGGAGAAGAACCAGCUGGAGAUAGAGCGGCUGGAGGAGCAGCUGUCUAUCAACAUCUAUGACUACAACUGCCACGUGGACCUGAUCCGGUUGCUCCGGCUGGAAGGGGAGCUGACCAAAGUGAGGAUGGCACGCCAGAAGAUGAGCGAGAUCUUCCCUUUGACCGAAGAGCUCUGGCUGGAGUGGCUGCACGACGAGAUCAGCAUGGCCAUGGACGGCCUGGACCGGGAGCACGUGUACGACCUCUUCGAGAGAGCGGUGAAGGAUUAUAUCUGUCCUAACAUUUGGCUAGAGUACGGCCAGUACUCAGUUGGCGGGAUUGGUCAGAAAGGUGGUCUCGAGAAAGUCCGCUCUGUGUUUGAAAGGGCCCUCUCGUCCGUCGGGUUACACAUGACCAAGGGACUUGCCAUCUGGGAGGCAUACCGGGAGUUUGAAAGCGCCAUCGUGGAAGCUGCCCGGCCCAUGGCUGGCUUCCUUUCCCCUUCUGACUGGGAACAAACCUUUGAUUCACAGCUGGAGAAAGUCCACAGUCUCUUCCGGCGACAGCUGGCGAUCCCACUCUACGAUAUGGAAGCAACGUUUGCAGAGUAUGAGGAAUGGUCUGAAGACCCUAUUCCAGAGUCAGUAAUUCAGAGCUACAACAAAGCGCUGCAGCAGCUGGAGAAAUACAAACCCUACGAGGAAGCCCUGCUGCAAGCUGAAGCGCCCAGGCUGGCCGAGUAUCAAGCGUACAUCGAUUUUGAGAUGAAAAUUGGCGACCCCGCCCGCAUUCAGUUGAUCUUUGAGCGCGCCCUGGUUGAGAACUGCCUUGUUCCAGACUUAUGGAUCCGUUACAGUCAGUACCUAGACCGGCAGCUGAAAGUAAAGGACUUGGUUUUGUCUGCGCACAGUCGAGCUGUUCGAAACUGCCCGUGGACGGUUGCCCUGUGGAGUCGGUACCUCCUGGCCCUGGAGAGACAUGGAGUUGAACACCGAGUGAUUUCAGUGACCUUUGAGAAAGCCCUCAGCGCUGGCUUCAUUCAGGCCACUGACUAUGUAGAGAUCUGGCAGGCAUACCUUGAUUACCUGAGGAGAAGGGUUGACUUCAAACAAGACUCGAGUAAAGAACUGGAGGAGCUGCGAUCCGCGUUCGCCCGUGCCCUGGAGUACCUGAAGCAGGAGGUGGAAGAGCGUUUCAGUGAAAGUGGAGAUCCGAGCUGCCUCAUCAUGCAGAACUGGGCUCGGAUCGAGGCUCGACUCUGCAACAACAUGCAGAAAGCGAGAGAGCUCUGGGACAGCAUCAUGACCAGAGGGAACGCCAAGUUCGCCAACAUGUGGCUCGAGUAUUACAACCUGGAGAGGGCCCACGGGGACACGCAGCACUGCAGGAAGGCUCUGCACCGGGCCGUCCAGUGCACCAGUGACUACCCGGAGCACGUCUGUGAGGUGUUGCUCACCAUGGAGAGGACAGAAGGUACUUUAGAAGACUGGGAUAUAGCUGUUCAGAAAACCGAAACGCGACUAGCUCGAGUCAACGAGCAGAGAAUUAAGGCAGCAGAGAAGGAAGCAGCUCUUGCCCAGCAAGAGGAAGAAAAGGUGGAGCAACGGAAGAGGGCCCGGGCCGAGAAGAAAGCAUUGAAGAAGAAGAAAAAGACCAGAGGGGCGGACAAGCACAGAGCCGACGAGGACGAUGAAAAGGAGUGGGGCGACGAUGAGGAAGAGCAGCCCUCCAAGCGCAGGAGGGUGGAGAAUAGCGUUCCUCCUGCCGGGGAAGUGGAGCUGGGCUCCGAAGCUGACCUUUCCGGGAGCAGCGCCCCCGCGGCCACGGAGCCCCCCUCGGAGCUGAAGGAGGUGCGGGUGGGCACCCGGCGGAGGGACAUGCCCAAGGUGCCGCACGACAGCAGCAAGGACGGCGUCACCGUCUUCGUCAGCAACCUGCCCUACGGGCUGGGGGAGCCGGCCGCCACGCUCCGGCCGCUCUUUGAGGCCUGCGGGGACGUGGUCGAGGUGCGCCCCAUCUUCAGUAACCGCGGCGACUUCCGCGGCUACUGCUACGUGGAGUUCAGAGAGGAGGCGGCGGCCCUGCAGGCGCUCCAGCUGGACCGGCAGAGUGUCGAGGGCCGGCCCAUGUUCGUCUCCCCCUGUGUGGACAAGAGCAAAAACCCUGACUUCAAGGUGUUCAGGUACAGCACUGCCCUGGAGAAACACAAGCUGUUCGUGUCGGGCCUGCCCUUCUCCUGCACCAAAGAGGAACUCGAGGAGAUCUGCAAGGCCCACGGCGCCGUGAAAGACAUCCGGCUGGUCACCAACCGGGCUGGGAAACCCAAGGGCCUGGCCUAUGUGGAGUACGAGAACGAAUCGCAGGCAUCGCAGGCCGUCCUGAAGAUGGACGGUAUGACCAUCAGAGAGAACGUCAUCAAAGUGGCUAUCAGCAACCCGCCGCAGAGGAAGGUUCCGGAGAAGCCUGAGGCGAGGAAGGCCCCAGGGAGUGCCCUGCUGCCGCGGCAGGUCUACGGGGCGCGGGGGAAGGGGAGGACCCAGCUCUCUCUGCUGCCUCGUGCCCUGCAGCGCCCCAGUGCCGCCACCGCCCAGGCUGAGAAUGGUCCCGCCACCCCGCCGGCAGGCGCCACCCCGGCCACCACUGAGGCUCCCAAGAUGUCCAAUGCCGACUUCGCCAAGUUGCUUCUGAGAAAGUGAGUGGGACGGUGCGAGAAGGGAAAUGCCUUACUUCACGCUGGCCGGGAAGACGCCUGGUGCCCAGCAGGGCCCUGGCCAUGCAGGGCCAGGUGCAGGGCGCGGCCACGCGCUUCCUCUGGUUUAGGCAGGACUGGAAAAGGGUGUCCAGGGAAAGAGGUUGUGAGUGCUCCCUCAUAUUGAGGGCAAAAGGACGAAAACCACCACUCCACAGGCUGGGUGCAGGGUGUAGUUUUCUGAGAUACCUGUGUGUCUUGAAAGAGCUGAGAAACAGAAGUGAAACUCGAACACACUGUUCUGAGACCCACUUGUCUAAGUAUUUUUGGCCAACUCUGGUCCCUUUUUAUAAGACACUUCUGUACACCCUGCACAGCACAUGUGCCCGUCACUCUUUUAAUUUUUAAAAGACAAAAUGGCAGAUGCUAGUAAUUCACCAGAAUGGCCUAUUUUAGUAAAGGGGUGGGGAGGGGACGUCACUUAAAAAACAUCUGAUGGAGUUUUGUUCACGGGGGCUGUGCGUUUUUAUAUUAUGUAUUUGUAAAUGACUUGUCAACCCAUUGUUUUGUUUGCCUCAAAGCAAAAUAUUUGUGACAUUUGUUUUGUGUAGGAACUUUGCGUGCCAUCUGCUGUGGCCCAUUUUCUUUGCCUAGUGACUAGUGAACUGUGUUCUUUGUCUAAAUACUGAGUUUCAGCCCUUUGGUUUUGUUUAAAUACCAUGUCAAGUGCAAACUUAAAUUCUCUCCAUUUAGCUUUGUUUAUUAAACUCAAGUUCUCUUUAAAA